AUGGAGUCUAAAUUGAUAUAGAGCAGCCAGAGAUACCUGGUGCAUUUCAUAAAGAAGUUUAAGUAUUUGGACUUCUGUCUGAAUGAACUCGAAUCACUAGCAGACAUGCAUGGAGUCAAAAGAGAUCAGCUCUUCGUCUAGCCCAAAGAGACCCUGAACAACAUUCAAAAGAAUCCGAUGGUCUAUGUGAAUUUGCCUAGCGAAGAUGUUGCAAACCGCAUACUUACAAGGUCUAUCCUUAUCAAAGAGAUCAUUGAUGUCUACUCCACUGGGAAGACAUAUGAAGAAUUGCUGUUGAAUGUCAAUAAAGAAAGACUAUACCCAAUUCUCUAGCUUGACAAGACUUUCAAGUUUAGCAUUGAGGGAAUAGGCAGGAAGAUCCAGCAGGCAGAGCAGAUCAAAAUAAUCGAGUCCUUUGGAAUAUUCCCUUUCAACAAGAAAAUUGACAUAAAGCACGGAGAGAUAACAUACAGAGUGCUCGAGAAUAAUGAGGAUCACAUGAUUUACUUCGGAAGAGAGAUUGCUUCCAACAGAGUGGAAGAGGACACUUUCCACUUCAAGUAUGAUCUCAAGAACAGACCAUACCUUGGUCCAACUUCAACUGACAGUCAGCUGGCGUUCUUAAUGGCUAAUCAAGGCUAGGUCAAAGAAGGAGACUUCGUGUAUGAUCCAUUUGUAGGCACUGGUUCAAUUGCAGUUGCUUGCAGUCAUUUCAAGUGCUAGUAAUACGGUAGUGAUCUUGACAUCAGAGUCUUAAAAGGUUAUGGGGUAGGUAGAAAGUCAAAGAACCUCAACAUUCCUGGGCUUGACAAGAUUCAAAGGUUCGACUUGUUUUGUAACUUCGAUCAUUACAAUAUACCAAGACCAGAGAUAUUAGUCAGUGACUUCUCCAAGCCUCCUUUUAUCAACAAUCGUGGAGCGAUAUUUGAUGCUAUAGUCUGUGAUCCACCAUAUGGUGUCAGAGCUAGAACACAAAAGAUAGGCAUUAGUGAUACCAAGCAGAAGAGAAAAGAGCGUUUAGAAUAAGAAAAGGUUUAGAAGUAGUCAUAAGAUGAAGAUGAAUCCAAACAGUAAGAGGAUACACAGCCAGAAAAAGAGGAGGAGCCACAUUAUAGCAUGAAGGAGCAGUAUGAUGUUAGGGAAAUAUACAAUGAUUUGCUGGAUCAUGCCUCAAGAUUGGUAAGACCUGGCGGAAGACUAGUAUUUCUAUUUCACACGGAUUCGGAACUUACAGCUGAGGAGAACAGGUUCCCCGAGCAUCCAGCAUUCGAAUUUAUUUGCAGUAGUGAAAAUGGCCUGACAAAGCACAGGUCCAGGCAUCUCAUUACAAUGGUUAGAAAAUCUAAUUAAAUCUGA